AUGGACCAUAUCACGUCUUCAUACCGUCCGCCCGGCCUGCCUGGCACGGUUAUAGAUUCAACGUCACUUUGCCAGAUAUCUUCUCAGGCGACAGAUGCCUGUCGAUUCGAGACUCCCCAAAUUCGCCACUCUUCUUCUCGUGCCCCUUGGGCGUCUUCCUCGUCUGCCUCUACUUCUAGUUCUUCCGCUUGCUUCGCUGAUCGUCCACACACGCAUAUGGCUCACGAUGAAGUUCUUUCUGUGGCUCCGCCGCAAAGUGAAAGUUAUCCUGGAAGAUCGACUGUGUUUCCUGCGUAUGGUUCCUCUCCGUUUUCUAGUGUUACUCCUGGCAACCACUUCUUUUCACUCGUGACUGCUCCGCUUCGUCUCCUGUUGAAAUUGCAACAGGGGGCGUUUCGUCGCUUGUCGCUGACACUGCCCCCGGCACCCGUCGGGUUUUCACCGUUUCUGCCGCCACUUCUUGGCGAUGCCUCUCACAGACGAGAGGAAGAUUCUGAUUUGGAAAAUCCCUCGACUUCCCUUCCGUCACUUUCCCCAGGUUCGUCCUCAUGCCUGCGCUACCAGUCUGGCGCGGUGUCAGGGUUACCCCGGAGUCGCCGAGGUGGCGACUCUCAAUCGAUCUCAGACGAGACUGUUGUUUUUGCUUCUGCUGGGCCAGAAGUACGAGCAACUCGGAAUGAGAAAGGGGAACUUUGCAAACGUUACGAGGUCUCACAAUCGCGAUCGACUGCAGCGGCUGCUUCGGGCGUCUCUUCAUGGGACGCUGUCGCGGACUUGGACAAGUUUUUGUACGGGGUGUACCGGUACUGGAUGGACGGCGGUUUGUUUGCGAUUUUGUCAGCACACCUUGCGCACUUGACAGCCUUGGCGUUUACGAUCUACUUUUCCUGGUUCCUUAUUCUGUUUGUGAACUGGAAGGACAUCGUCUCGUGCACCAGCGAGGAGCAAUGUCGGGCCGUACCGCUGCUGAUCGCUUCUCCGUUCCACCCCUGGGGGUACAAACAGACUCUGUGCACCGUGUACGUGGUUUCCCUCUCUGCAUUUCUCCUGUUCAACAUUGUCGUCUCGUACCUAAACUGUCGAGACGCACUCUUGAUCAGAACGUACUUUCGCGAGCGGCUCUUUAUCCCCUCUGACGCCGUCCUGCAACUCCUGGACUGGCCAGAAGUUACAGCCUUGCUCCUCAAAGCCCAGGAAGCCGUGCCGUUCUGCAUCGUGACAAACGAACUAUCGGCGCUCGACAUAGCCAGCACCAUCAUGCGCGAGGAAAACUAUUUCAUCGCCUUGACCAACAAAAACAUCCUCACGCAAAAACUCCCUCCCUGGAUCCCGCCCAAGCUCCUGUACACCCAGGUCAUGCAGUGGAACAUUCGCCGGUCAAUUUUCUCCAGGCUGUUCGAUGAACGCCAACGGAUUUACCGGAACCUGUUCACCAGUCCGCCCCGAGAUGAGCUGUCGCCGUACCAAUCUGCAGCUGCGGCGACACUCGCGUCUCGGUUCAAGUUGCUCUCGAUUUUGAAUCUGGUUUUUCUCGUUCCGCUCUUCCUCUUCAUUUUUUUCUUUUUCUUUCUGAAGCACGCCGAAGACUUCCGCCUGAAUCGCCAGUCCAUUGUCCGCCGCGAAUUCAACGGCUACGCUUACUGGGUGUUUCGGGAAUUCAACGAAUUACCCCACCAAAUCAACCACAGGCUAACUCUUGCGGCAGCGGCGGCGGACGACUAUCUGCAACUGUCUCCGAUUUCGCCGUCGGUGCUGCACAUUCGACUCCUCGUGAAGUACCUCGUGGGCUCGCUGCUUUCCAUCUUCAUUCUCCUGUACCUCUUUGAUGAAACGCCUCUCCUUUUCAUCAAAAUCUUCGACCGCAAUCUCCUUUGGUACACAAUUAUUCUCGGAGUGCUCUACGCAGGCAUUCGAGACACUUCCGCAACGAGCAGGCACGACAGCGGAGCUGGAGGUAGAGGCGGUGCUGGCUUCACCGCAAGCGAUGGAGUUUUCGCGAGCCCCGGAGGUCGAGGUCUGACUUCUCCCUUGGCUUUGUAUGAGCGAUGCAUGCGCGUCGUGGAGUACACGCACCAUUUACCGGCAUGUUGGAGGGCUCCGGCUGGCAUCGUUGCAAUUCCUCCUCCGCCUCUCUUGUCUGCCUCUGUGAAUGAGAAGAUCUCCACAAAGAAGCAGGACAUCCAGUCUUCUUUCUCCGCCUGCCACACUUCGUCGUGUACGUCUUCUCCUUCUUUUGUGCGUCCGGUGGUCUCGUCUGCCUCCAUGGUCGACUUUUCUUCUUCUCUGUCGCUUCUUCCGCCGGUGCCUCCUCGCACGACGUGGAUGCCGUCCGAGGGGGGCGCGGCGUUUCCUUCUUCGAGUGUCUCUGGCGAUGCCCAGGAGCGCCAGCGCGUGACGGGAGUGAGCAUGCAGCACAAGAUGGUCAUGCACGCGUUUUGCGCUUCUUUCUACGGCCUGAGAAUCACCUGCUUGCUCGAGGAACUCCUCGCCGUGCUCGCCACACCCUUUCUGCUCUGGUGGUUCAUGCCCAGGAUCUGCGACGACAUCUGCGCGUUCCUCUUCUCCGUCACUGCGCCUUCCUCCUUCGGAGAUGUCUGCUGCUUCUCCUCUCUCGACCUUGAGAAAUUUGGAUCCUCCUGCUACCAGUUCGACCGACAGGGUUCAUGCGUAGUUCGCAAAAACAAACGCGGCAGUCUGAGACGCUCGACUCUCUCGGACGCCGGAACGCGAGCGGGAGACGCUCCACCCUGGUGGUUCGACGAGCAGCAAGAAGAAGGAGAGGAAGCAGAAGACGGCUCUGGAGGAGAGGAAGAGUUAAAGGGAGAAGAGAGGAGGGUGUGCGACAGAGGAGGAAUCCUCCAAGAAGGGAAGCAGACACGUUGGGGGCGAGACGUGAGUGCCGAUAAGAUUUCCAGAAAUGGACGAGAAGGUGACGGGAGAGAAAGGCGAGGUGGGCUGAGCAGCUUGUCGCCGAAAGGACCUGCGAGAGGUCUGGCCUUCGGUUAUGCGGGUGAAUCGAAGAAGAACGACCACGAUGGCGAGGGAGACUCAGGAGACGCCUGGAGAGGUACCCCUCGUGGACUGCUCUCGCCGCUGCAUGCAAACAGCGGCAAAGUCGAGAAAAGUGCUCUCACCUUCGUUCUGACCUACAGAAUUCCUCCGCCCUACGACGACACCUCGCCUCUGUGGACAGUCUUCGCUUCCGACUUCCUCGCGACCUCGAUGGUGGCUGCGUCUCACGAAUCAGAAUCGAAGGUAGGCGUUUCCUCGGGGCUGAGUGAGACAGCGAGCUUCAGCACUCCGCAUCGAGGCGCGCGCUUGCCGCUGCCCAUCUCCUGCCCGGUCGUGCGCUGGGGAUACCCGGCGUCUGCUGUCCGUUUCGCGCUGCAGCUGGAGAAGUUUCAACGCGAACAAAUCCGAAAAUAUCCGUACUUGUCUCACGAGCUUGCGCCUGACCUUCUGGAGCCCCUCAACGCCUUUCCGACGAGCCUGGGACGAGACAGUCGGCGAGCGGGAGACAGCGCGAGGAGGCGGUGGAGACGCCGCCGAGCCCGAGCACGGAGACACUGCAGGAGCGAAAGCGAUCGCGGCGCUGCCUCGCUCAAGCGCCAUCUCGCAGACGAGCUCCAGGACGGCGAACUGCAAGGCGACGCAAGAAGGAGAGGAAGACGCUGCAGACGAGCUAGCAGAGAGAGAGAAGAGAAGAGAGACCAGGGAAGGCAUGCAAGACAGACACGAGAAGGAGAAAGCGGAGAAAGCGAGGAAAGAGCAAGCAGGAAAGAGAGAGGAGGCCGAAGCGGAGGAGGCGAACGGAGUGAACGAAGGGAGAGAGGGAAGGAUGAAGUGAAGAGAGGCCGUAUGUGCGGGGUCGAGAACGAGGCAACGUGGAAGGAGGAAGCGUCUCGAUGUGCAGGGUCCUUUUCUUCCAAGAAGCGCAGACGCGAGAGCGGCGAGGAGCAAAGUAUCCUUCAGAAGUUGACAACGCGCGCACAGUCGGAGGAAGAGAGUGUCGUGGUCGAAGGCGGAACAGGCGAAGGGACGCUGGGGAAGAAUCGAGAGAAAGGCAGCGGCGGAGGCACAGGAGAAGAAGGGUGCUCGUUAGCGUCCGCGAAAGAGAAGAGACUCCCAUCUCCUGUCACUCACCCUCGCAUCUCUGUCUCCAAGCGCGGCGCUGCUCAUGCGUCCUCUAGGGGGAGACGAGAGGUCGAGAAGGCUCGAACGAAGCAACGUGGAACCUGGAACAGAGGCCAAGGCAGAAGCCGCCACACCUCGUCUUCUCCCUUGACGACCGCCGAGUCCUCUUCAACCGAGUCCUCGUCUUGCGACGCUUCCUCAGAAUCCGCCUCGGAAUCCAUUUCGGAAUCCGCCUCGGAGUCCGUUUCGGAGGCGACGUCCAGCGGCCCAUCUGAUGCCUCCUGCAACAGGCGAGCGUCUCGUCUCUUCUCAGGUGAAAACGUCGACAUACGCGGGCUCCCACCGAUGCCGUUCGAGCGCCAAGCUCCCUACUUCUUCUGGCUGGAGAGACUCUACGAGCAACAGUCGGGACGCGUCUUGUUCGCAACCAAUCAACUAAAUUUCUUCACGCGGUGCUUCUUCAGGCAGUUCCCUCCAGGCGCCCAGGACCCCCACCUGAAACACCCGCGCCGCAAGACCCGCAAGCAAAGGAGACAGCUGGGUGCGGAGACACUCCGCCUCGCCCCCUCGCUUCAAGGCUGCGCCAGAGACAGCAGCUCCUCCCCAGACACAGACGAAGAAGAGCGAGACGAAGAAGAGCGAGACAAAGAAGAGCAAGAUGAAGAAGAGAGGGAAGAUAGAGGAAGUGAAGAGGAGGGAGAGCGAGUGAUUUUCGAUCAGUCGAGGGAGACAGAGACUGGACAGUGCUUUUGGGAUGAUGAAAGGAUAGCGGCGUUGAGCGCGGACAGGGUGGAACAGAGGACAUUUUCAGUGACUCGAGGAGACGUCAACUGAGGCUGAUGACGUUCAGAGGAUCGAGGACCCGGGGGAAAGGUGGCGGCUUCGAAAAGCACGAGACAGAAGAACAGAGAUGGAAAACAUCUCCUCCAAUUUGGAAAGGCAGAGCGCGCCUUCUCGACUUCGUCUCAUGGGCCUUUCGUCGAUCGGGCGCGGGGCGAAACACAGAGGGACUGCACACCCGACAGGACGAGGGAGAAGAAGAGACAGAGAGGCGACGGCAACAAACGAGAAGCAGCGAACGAGGCCUUGUUCUCGUUCUCUCUCUCUGUCACAGGACUGCAUGCAGCGGCGGGGCCUCUUUCCUGGCCGAAAAAAACAGGGCAGAACAGCGAAGACACUGGGAAACUGGAGCCAGAAAAUCGCAUCUGCCGUAAAUGUCGCGCUGAGAUCGAGGAAGGAAGGCCGACGCAUCGGAGAUAGGUGCGUUGGUGUGCUGCGGGAGUGUCACUGCAGAGAAACGAGUACUCGCUUUGAGCGGUCAACAAGGACAUCGUUCUUCGCUCUUUGCUUUUCUGUCUCGACUGCCUUCAAAUAUAAAAAGGCCUGUGUCCGAGGAGACUCUGUGAGAGUCAGCGAAACGCCUCUUUGCGAAGCGUCCGGGGGUUCGCCUCCAGAAGAGUCUUUCAAAAGAACAAGAUGGAUUUGGUGAAUAGGAAGGGGAGGAGGGACUACCAGCUGGAGCGAGAGCCCGACAUGUUUCAUUAUGAGGAAGGGGACAAUUCGUUGCUAUAUUUCCAUUCUAGAAACAUACGUCUGGAUAUACGUAUAUGUAUGUAUAUAUGGUGUAGGUGACGCUGGCAUUCCGUUAAUCUCUCUCUCUAAAUGAGAACAUGGGUGGUUUACGGUGCCU